AUGAAUCCAUUCAAUUUGGACGGAUAUAUUUAAAGUCGUGAAAGACCCCGGAAUUUCCAGCUGUUUCAUCUGCCAACACGCAGCGAAAAAUUCGCGUAGACGACAGGAUUUCAAGAAUUUGGAGUGGCAAUUCGUAAACAUAGGUUUUAACUCUUAACCCAACUUAAACUAGCGAAAUAUUGUCAUGUCGAACAAUUUGACAUUAACUGGCUUCUUUUGGGUGAUUUUCUCCGUUCUGAGCGCGCUCGCGGCUUCUACGGGUUUUUUCCUUCCUUAUUGGAUACAGGGACAGAUAUACAACACAACAGUUUACUUAGGCGUGUUUCGUCGAUGUAAUUUCUUAGAAAAACAAGCAAACGGGCUCUCAGUCCUUGUGCGAGCCUGUGGCCGAUAUGCAAGUUUUCAAGACAUUCCUUCGGAAGCAUGGAAAGCCAGCACAGUGAUGAUAGGAAUCGGUUGUGGAUUCCUCCUUGUUGUAGCCUUCACAGCUAUAUUUUCCUGCUGUUGUAAAGACAUUCUCACGAGGACUUCGGCUCGGGUCGGAGGAGCACUGCAAGUAGUGGCUGGCUUUCUUCUGGCGAUUGGUUUUGGUAUUUACCCUUCAGGCUGGGGAAGUGUUGAAUUUAAGCAAGCUUGUGGAAAAGAAGCAAAUUUUUACAGGCUCGGCCAUUGCAAACUUAGCUGGGCUUUCUUUUUGUUCGUGGUAGGAACUGGUUCGGCUUUUAUUUGUGCUGUUUUGUCCACUCGAGCUGGGAAACAGAAAAAGCCGAUCUAUUCUAGAACGAGUAUCGAGCGAUCAGACAGUUUCAUCAUGUAGUUCGAUGAUAGGCAACUAUUUGUAGCAUCUCUCUAACGACGAAAAAAAAAAUCUGGAUGAACACCUGACUGCAUUUUAAGUCAAUGACGUGGGUAUUAUGCUCAGAAGGCGAGCAUUUUCGUGAAUAUAGCUUAUCUUACCCAAGGAAGUCCAGAAAUUCCCGAAGACGUUCCGAUUAUAUUACGAAGAUGUACCGAAGAGUAGAAGGAAAUGCAGUGUCUUCCACAUGUGAAGGUUCAGUUUUAUGUAAGAUUAGUUGCCUAGACGGUAGUUCUCUCCUAUUGAUUCGAGUGUAUACAACACCUUUCAUUUUAUCAGAAGAGUGACUCAGUGACUGUCAUAAUGACAAGCUGCCUUAUUGAACCAAUUGUAGAUUCACCAUUAAACAAGUGGUUUUUCCAAGCGUA